AUGGUCUGGGACCGGUUCGCGGGCGAGGAUUCGUUCCCAAAGAGCCCGGCGAGCCCAUCGGAGUCAGUGAUGCUGGAGCGGCCCCGUGAACCAACACUGGAGCGGCCCCAAGGCGGAUCCCGGCUCUGGGGCUCGCAGGUGGAGCAGAUGGCCAGUGCGAAGUCAAAGGCUCCGCACAUCCACGACCUGUACACAGCGAACGACCUGCUACCGCAGAUCACCCGGGCGCAGCGGGAUAGCGCUCUAGUCGGAGGACACGACUGGAUUAUGCACAUCAGAAACUACCUGUCCAGCUACACGUCCGAUAUGAUGCUUGGCAUCGUGAUCGCUGCCAACAUGAUCGUCAUGUUCUGCCAGGUGCAGUGGGCUGGCUACGUGGGAGCGGAGACUCUGGGCCUCCGCGGGGACGACGCCGGGUGGGAGGGCGCAGAGGGCGUCUUUGAGAGCAUCGAGUGCGUGUUCAUCUCGAUCUACCUACUGGAUGUAGUCCUGCGCACCGUGUUCCUGCCCUUGAGCCGGCUGAAGCAGCCUCUCGACCUUGCCGACACCCUGGUGGUGCUGGUCUGCGCGGUGGAAGCCUUCAUUCUGCGCCCUGCUGGCCUGGCCGACUGGGACGCGCUCAUCAUCUUCCGCUUCAUCCGCGCCUGCCGCAUCCUGCGGGUGGUGAGGCGACUGUCGGUGCUGCUUGCGAAGGUGCUGAGCACCGCAGCAUUCCAGGAGCGUCCGGCGGAGCAGCUGGCCCUGGUUUGCCUUUGCAUGCACCUCUGGAGCCGCAAGGCGAGCCUUGCGGCGAGCCAGGAAUGGCACUUUCAGCCGGGCCUUCGGGAAGUGGGCCGCCCGGUCGGCGCAGGAGGUGCUCUUGUGGCAGAGGAGUUUAAGCAUGAAAUGGGCGUGCUCUGUUACAGAGCGGUUCGACGGCCACGGCGUCGAAAUUACCGCCUGCUGUGCGCGCCUUGGCUAACGUGUUUCAAGAAGGCCACGGGAUGGCGGGCACGGCGCGACCGCCGCACAAGGAAUUUCUGCAUGGUGGGCAGGAUUUUUGGCUGGAUGGCCAACGAAGAGGCUACUCUGGACCUGAAAGUGCAGAAGAGGCUGGCGCCAUGA